AUGGCCCGCAACGCCCCUUCCUCUACAGGCGAUGUCCUGCUCUAUUUCAUGGCGAUUUUCCUCCCGCCCGUCUCCGUCUUCCUGAAGCGAGGCUGUGCCGCCGACUUUCUCAUCAACAUCUGCCUGUCAAUCCUCGGCUGGAUCCCCGGUGUCCUUCACGCGUUCUGGAUCAUCUCGAAGUACGGCACUCCUGCGCGCCCGAAGACCACGGUCGCUCCCAACGGGCACAUGACGCAGAAGUACUGA